UUUUAUCUUCUUCUUCUUCCUUUAAAUUAAAGGACCCCUUAACGCUUCAACGUCUCUUACUGCAUACAUUUUGAAGCGUUUGAGACUGAUUUUAUCAUUUUAGCGAGAAACUCAGAUGGAUUCCAGCUCCUUCUUGACGUCCCUUGCGACGUCGUUCGUGAUUUUUAUAGUGCUGGUUCUUCUCUACAUAUGGCUCUCGAAGAAGCCCGGAAACGCCGUUGUUUACUACCCCAAUCGCAUCCUGAGGGGCUUGGAUCCGAAGGAUAACGGAUCCAAGUCGUGGAUCCAUGUCGCUCUCUCUUCCACUGAGCAGGACGUUAUUUCCAUAUCAGGCGUCGACACUGCCGUUUAUUUUGUGUUCCUCAGCACAGCUAGUGGUGUUAAUGACAUUUCCUCUUAUAUUUCUAAUUUAGCUCACAAAACCUUCUGUUUGUUUUUGUUAGUAAGCUAUGUGGUCAAUUUUCUAAUUGUAUUUAUAUUUUUGUUUAUGAAGAAAGAGAGCUCAAGGUUAUGGGCUUUUUUCCUAGCUGUCUACUGGGUUUCCUUUGUUACUUAUUUCCUGUUAUGGAAGGCAUACAAGCAUGUUUCUGCUCUGAGAGCUAAUGCAUUGACGUCUCCCAACGUGAAGCCCGAACAAUAUGCGAUUCUCGUAAGAGACAUUCCUUCUGUCCCCGAAGGUCAAACCAGAAAAGAACAGGUCGAUUCGUACUUUCAAAACAUCUACCCCGACACAUUUUACAGAUCGAUGCUGGUCACAGACAAUAAAGUGGUGAACAAAAUUUACCAAGAGUUAGAAGGGUACAAGAAGAAGCUCACACGUGCCGAAGCAAUAUAUGCCAAUUCAAAAGCAACAGGCAAGCCAGAAGGAACCAGACCCACUCACAAAACUGGCUGUCUUGGUUUAAUUGGAAAGAGAGUAGAUAGCAUAGAAUUUUACAACGAAAAAAUCAAUGAACUAAUCCCAAAACUGGAAUCUGAACAAAAAAGUACUCUAAGGGAGAAGCACUUGUCUGCUGCGCUGGUUUUCUUCACCAGCAGAGUGGCUGCAGCCUCUGCAGCUCAGAGUCUACAUGCCCAAAAGGUCGACACAUGGACGGCCAUCGAUGCUCCUGAGCCUCGUCAACUAUUAUGGUCUAAUCUUAAAAUCAAGUUCUUUGAGAGGCAAGUGCGGCAGUAUGUCGUGUACAUUAUCGUGGCUCUUACCAUAUUCUUCUACAUGAUUCCUAUUGGGAUUAUCUCUGCAUUCACGACAUUAAAGAACUUGAGGAAACUUCUCCCAUUUUUAAAGGUAGUAUUGGAUGAGGAAGCAGUAAGGACAGUGCUGGAAGCCUAUCUCCCGCAGCUCGCGCUCAUUGUCUUCUUGGCAUUGUUGCCCAAGUUUCUAUUGUUUCUAUCCAAGGCAGAAGGAAUUCCUUCCGAGAGCCAUGCGGUAAGGGCUGCUUCAGGGAAAUAUUUCUAUUUCUCGGUGUUGAAUGUGUUUAUUGGAGUUACAGUUGCUGGAACAUUGUUCAGUACAUUCAAGAGCAUUCAGAAGGAGCCAAAAUCCGCUGUUGAUAUACUGGCAAAUAGCAUCCCAGAAAAUGCAGCCUUUUUCCUCACCUUUGUGGCUCUCAAGUUUUUCGUCGGCUAUGGGCUUGAACUGUCCCGCAUAGUUCCUCUCAUUAUCUUCCAUAUCAAGAGAAAAUAUCUUUGCAAGACAGAAGAAGAGGUAAAGGAUGCUUGGACUCCAGGGGCCCUUGGAUAUGGGACCAGAAUUCCUGGCGACAUGCUUAUCAUCACCAUUGUCCUAUGCUACUCUGUCAUUGCCCCACUAGUUAUUCCAUUCGGAGUGGCGUAUUUCGGCCUUGGAUGGCUUAUCCUUCGUAAUCAGGCUCUCAAUGUGUAUGUUCCAUCAUAUGAAAGCUAUGGAAGGUUAUGGCCUCACAUUCACGUGCGCAUAAUUGCUGCUCUUAUAUUGUAUCAAGUUACCAUGUUUGGUUACUUAGGGGUGAAGAAGUUCUACUAUUCACCAAUACUCAUUUCGCUUCCCAUCCUGUCAUUGAUCUUUGCCUUCAUCUGCAACAAGAAAUUCUAUCGUGCCUUCCACGACACGGCUCUUGAAGUCGUGGCGCAAGAAUCAAAGGAGACUCCCAACUUGGAGCAAGUUUUCAGAUCCUUCAUCCCACCAAGCUUGAACUAUGAGAAGAGUGAUGAUGAUCAAUUUGAAGAUGCUUUAUCCCAAGUCUCAAGAACAGGGUCGUUUGUUUGAAGAAGCAAAAUUGCAUCUGACAUGAUUUUUUUUUUUUUAAUGUUGGUGUCUUGUUUGUUGAUUUUUUUGAAUUUCAGAUAAUUUGUUGUUAAUAGUAUGUAUCUAGGAACCACGGCAUUUGGUUAUUUUGUAAUAUAUCAUGUAUCCUUGUUUCUUGGUGUGUUAAUUUUCUUAACAAUCUUGUGUGUAAACUGUUAAGUAUACUUUUUUUUAUUAAUUUUUUUUCCCUUAAAAA